CCUCCCCACCGCGCUGAGCUCCACCUGCAGCAGGUUACACAUUAAUGGAAGAACCUGAACUUCCGGCCGGAAGAAAGUCACCGCGCACCCCGGGGAGCCACAGCAGCAACGGCGGCAGGCCGACAUGGACCGACACCGGUACUUCAUUUUCAACCAGAGGAGCGUGCUGGUCCUCGGCAUCCUACAAGUGGCCUGUGCGGGUCUGUGCGUGGUGUGCGGCUUCAUGGACGCCGUUUUCCGCAAGGACACUCCGCUGAGCUGCAGCAGGACCCCGCUGUGGGGAGCACUGAUCAUGGCCUGUCCAGGUGUGCUGGCACUGUUCGCCUCACAAAGGAAAAACUCUGUGCUGGUGAGAGCGAUGGUGCUGGCAGCAGGACUGUCCUGUGUGGCUGCAGGCCUCAUUUCAGUGUACUCCUGUCUCACGCUGUCGUACGGGGAAGAGGACACAGAUGUCUUCCACCACCACCACAGUCCUCAAGUGACAUUUGUCCUCCAUCGGAUGGUGAAGGGGGCCAACGCCACCAUCCUACUGACCUGCACUAUCAGCACGGCCCUCUCCUCACUCAUCGCCUAUGUGGGCUGCCGCAGUCUCCCCGGCUGUGGAUGCUAUGAUACCAAAACAGGAUUGGAAACACUGGUUCCUCAGUGUGACCCUGGGGACACGGAGAUGGUUUGUACAUGGCAAGCAAGGGGGGGCGACGACAGGCUUUUCAACUCUCCUGCCCCGUCCAGUGACCAGGGCACCACUGAGGAAGAGGACGGCCCGUCCAAACUGCCUCCGUACAGCAGGCUGACUUGAAGGGGAGGGGGUGGUUGUAGAUUAGAUUACCCUAUAGUUGUGCCUACACAUUUUAUUUGUGGAUAGAGGGAGGAAGGGAAGGAAGAGAUAGCCUGUUGUUUAUUUCCUCUUUGGCCAAAGAUUUAUGGCGCCAAACUCCUUUUGCCAAAGUUGAGUAUCUGAACUCACUGUGUAUGUGACAUGCCUUACUGCCUGUGUGAAAUUGUGAAAUGUGUUCUCAGUAUAUAAAUUCAAGACAUUUUAUGUGUAUUUAAUAAAUAAAAGCUGACCACAGUU